AUGUCGGAAUCAAAUGCAUCAUACACACAAGGAUACUCGGAAGCUGUGCUAAGGUCCCAUGCCUCACGUACGGCUGAGACGUGCGCGGCGUUCCUGCUUCCACAUCUGAAGCCAGAUGCCAAAGUCCUCGAUAUCGGCUGUGGACCGGGAACGAUCACGACCUCGCUUGCGAAAUACAUCCCUGACGGAAGCAUCAUCGGUACUGACUACUCUGCUGAAGUGGUCGCCGAAGCACAAAAGCGGCUUGAUCGCAUACGCACCGAAGCGACUUGGGACGCUGAGCGCUACUCUGCUGAAAGGUGCAGCUUUCAGACUGCGUCGGUUUUUCAAUUACCAUUCCCGGACGAUUCGUUCGACAUCGUCUACUGUCACCAGGUGCUGAUGCAUCUUCCCCAGCCCGUGAAUGCGCUCAAGGAGAUGCGUCGAGUCUGCAAACCCGGUGGAAUCGUCGGAGCUCGCGAAGCUGAUUUUGGCGACUCGAUCCUCUACCCUCCAACAGAGACCUUUCAGCUCUGGCUCAAGACGUGCGAAGCCAUCUUUUGCUCGGCCGGAGCCGAGCCGCAAGCGGGACGAAGACUGAUACGCUGGGCUAUUGAUGCAGGCUAUUCAGCAGGAACAGAGAACAUCACCUACUCGUCAAGUAACAUGGCCUACGGUGGACAACCACACGCCAAAUUUUGGGGUCAGAUGUGGGCCGAACGUAUCGCCGCCGAGUCGUGGAAGAAGCAGGCUCUGGACACAGGAGAAGCGACUGAGCAGCAAAUUGAGCAGAUGCACCAGGACUGGCUCAGUUGGAGUGAUACGCCAGACGGUGUCUUGGUCAUCGUUUGCGGCGAGAUACUUCUGCGUAAAUGA